AUGGCUUCGGGGCCUGUGGUUGGAGGAGAUGACGAAGCCAAAGAGAAACAAAGAUUCGGGGAGAGGAAGGUUUACACGAGGAGGAAAGUGCUCAAAGGCCAAAAGAAAGACCUUAACACUUCAAACGCAGUUGUUUCCACCACUGAAAAUAAUGCCACAACCACUUCUACAGUUACCAAUGACAACAGUAUCAAUAACAACACCGUCCAGAAGAGCAAAGUUGGUGAGCCAGGUGAGGCAAAAAACAUUAGUGAUAGUGUUGUGGCCCAGCCUUCUUCACAGCCCGUGGUGCCGGAGGACACUGCUCAGCCACAAUUGAGGUCAAGGUUAGAGGAUGAGAAUUUGGGAGAACCACUGUUGCAGGAUCAGAAUAUGGUUCAGAGGCAAGUGUGUUCAAGAUUGGAGAAUGGGAAUACAGCUCAGCUACAGGAAGAGGGUCAUGAUAUGACACAGAAAGAAGGGAGUUCAAAAUUGGAGGAUGAGAUUACAACUCAGCCACAAUUAGAGGAUGAGAAUAUGGUUCUGUCCCAUGGAAAUUCAAGUUUGAAGGAUGUGACUAUGUCCCGGCCUCAGGUGAGUUCAAAAUUGGAUGAUGGGAAUAUGACCCAGACUCAAGUAAGUUCAAGAUUGGAGGAUGCACAUGUGGAACAGCCUCAAAUGAGUCCAAGAUCAAAUGAUGGGAAUAGGGAGCCUCAACCAAGUUCAAAACUAGUGGAUGGGUGUGCAGUUCAGCCACAGGUUUCAAGGUCAGGGGAUGGGAAUACAACCCAGCCACAAGUGAGUUCAAGAUCAGAGGAUGGGAAUAGGGCUCAGCCCCAACUGAGUUCAAAAUCAGAGGAUGCGAGUGCAGCUCAGCCACAAUUGAGUUCAAGGUCCGAGGAUGGGAAUACGGCCCAGCCACAGGUCAGUUCAAAAUUGGAGGGUAGGAAGUCCCCUCAGCCUGAAGUAAAUUCAAGAGUGGAGGAUGGGAAUUCACCGCGGCUGCAAGUAAACUCAAGAUUGGAGGAUGGGGUUUUGCCUAGGUCACAUGUGAAUUCAAGAUGGGAUGGGGAAACAGUUCAACCACCAAUAGUGCUGGUUUCUCACGACUCAUGCAGCCGGCAGCACGAUGAACCUUCUAGUCUCAAUAUUGAGCAGGAGGAUGAUGGACCUUCAAGCCCCAGCCGUCGUCAGGAGGCAGUUCCUAGCACCCGAGGCCUUACAUUGGGGAAUGGGGUUGCGGAGCCACGACAGAGGGAUCAGAGGGAUCGAAUCAAGAUAAGCUUGUCCACAAAAUCAAAGCAGCAGAUUCGGGAGAUUAGGUGGAAGCUUGAAAGUGAGCUUGACAUUGUAAGAAGUUUGGUUAAUAGGAUUGAAGUGAAGCAGAGGCAAGUUGGUGGAUUUCGUAACUCAAAUGUGCUGGUUGGUAGUGGGCUUGAUAAUGUGGGUGGAGCAAAGCGUGCUCACUCAGAGGUGGCAUCUGUUGGUCUUCCAAGGGAACCUGCCAGUUCUAGGCCUCUGCACCAGUUAAGUUUGUCGAUGUUGGAGAAUAGUCAAGGAAUUAGUGAAACUGUUGAGAAGGAGAAGAGAACACCUAAAGCAAACCAAUUUUAUCGGAACUCAGAGUUCUUGCUUGCAAAAGAUAAAUUUCCACCAGCGGAGAGUAACAAGAAGUCAAAGUUGAAUUGGAAGAAGCAAGGUGGGGGAGAAAUGAGACAUGGUUUUGGAAUGGGAUCAAAGUUUUUCAAAAGCUGUAGUUCGCUGCUUGAAAAAUUGAUGAAACACAAGCAUGGUUGGGUGUUUAAUGCUCCUGUUGAUGUUGAGGGUCUUGGUUUGCAUGAUUAUUUUACUAUCAUUACUCAUCCAAUGGACUUGGGAACUGUAAAGACAAGGCUGAACAAAAAUUGGUACAAAUCACCAAAGGAAUUUGCAGAGGAUGUGAGACUUACUUUUCAAAAUGCCAUGACAUAUAAUCCAAAGGGACAAGAUGUUCAUAUAAUGGCAGAGCAAUUAGCAAAGAUAUUUGAGGACAGAUGGGCUAUAAUUGAGUCUGAUUACAAUCGGGAGAUGAGAUAUGGCUUUGAUUAUGGGGCAGCUCCUCCUGCACCUUCACCAUUGUCAAGAAGGGUUUCUGCUUUUACACCACCACCACCUCUUGAUAUGAGAAGGAUUUUGGAUAGAUCAGAAUCAAUGACACAGACUCCAAAACCUAUGAGCUUUACUCCAUCAAGUAGAACCCCCGCUCCCAAAAAGCCAAAGGCAAAAGAUCCUUAUAAAAGAGACAUGACAUUUGAGGAAAAGCAAAAACUAAGCACUAACCUUCAGGGUCUACCUUCAGAGAAGCUUGAUGCUAUUGUACAAAUCAUUAAGAAGAGAAAUUUAGCGCUUGAUCAACAUGAUGAUGAAAUUGAGGUAGACAUUGAUAAUGUGGAUGCUGAAACUCUCUGGGAGCUUGAUAGAUUUGUGACCAACUACAAGAAAAGUUUGAGCAAAAAUAAAAGGAAGGCUGAACUUGCUCGGGCUAGAGCAGAAGCUUUGCAGCAGAAUGCCAUCCAGAAGAGCCAGGCGCCAGCUAUGGUAGAGAUUCCAAAAGAAACACCAACAGAUGAAAGGAAUAUUCCCCAACCAUUGCCCGUCCAAGGGGAAAAUCAAGCAUAUAACGGGAGUAGGUCAAGCAGUUCAAGCAGCUCCAGCAGCGAUUCUGGAUCUUCUUCCAGUGAUUCUGAUAGUGACAGUUCCUCAGCGUCUGGAUCUGAUGCAGGGUCACAAGGGACCUGA